GCGGACUCAGAGCUCCACGGUUCCCUACGCGGUUAGCACAUGCGCGCCGGCUCCGCUCCCUCUUCCUCCGCUUCCACUGGCUUCCACCGUCCGGGCAGCCGCCGCCACCGCCGCCGAGGAGUCAGGAAGUUCAAGAUGGCCGCCGCGGAGACUCAGCCGCUGCGGGAACAGCCCGAGAUGGAAGAUGCUGAUAAUUCUGAAAAGAGUGUAAAUGAAGAAAAUGGAGAAGUAUCAGAAGACCAAUCUCAAAAUAAGCACAGUCGUCACAAAAAAAAGAAGCAUAAACACAGAAGUAAACAUAAGAAACAUAAACAUUCCUCAGAAGAAGACAAGGAUAAAAAACAUAAACACAAGCAUAAACAUAAGAAACACAAAAGAAAAGAGAUUAUUGAUGCUUCUGACAAAGAAGGUUUGUCUCCAGCAAAAAGAACUAAACUUGAUGAUUUAGCUUUGUUGGAAGACUUGGAAAAACAGAGAGCCUUGAUUAAAGCUGAACUUGAUAAUGAGUUAAUGGAAGGAAAGGUCCAGUCUGGGAUGGGGCUCAUAUUGCAGGGUUACGAGUCUGGCUCUGAAGAAGAGGGGGAGAUUCAUGAAAAGGCAAGAAAUGGAAAUAGGUCUAGUACUAGGUCCUCAAGUACGAAGGGCAAACUUGAACUUACGGACAAUAAAAAUAGCACAAAAAAGCGAAGUAAAAGCAGAUCCAAAGAACGGACUAGACAUAGGUCUGAUAAAAAGAAAAGUAAGGGAGGUGUUGAAAUAGUGAGAGAGAAGGCACCUAGGAGCAAGUCAAAGGAGAGGAAAAAGUCCAGAAGUCCAUCCAAAAGAAGUAAGUCUCAAGAGCAAGCAAGAAAAUCAAAAUCUCCUACCCUUAGGAGGCGAUCUCAAGAGAAAAUUGGGAAGGCCAGAUCUCCUACUGAUGACAAGGUUAAAAUUGAAGAUAAAAGUAAGUCAAAAGAUAGAAAAAAAUCCCCAAUUGUAAAUGAAAGUAGAAGUCGUGAUCGAGGAAAAAAAUCCAGGUCCCCAGUUGACUUAAGAGGUAAAUCCAAAGACAGGAGGUCACGGUCCAAAGAGAGAAAAUCAAAACGGUCUGAAACUGACAAAGAAAAGAAGCCAAUUAAAUCUCCCUCUAAAGAUGCGUCUUCUGGGAAAGAAAAUAGGUCACCCAGUAGAAGACCUGGUCGUAGUCCUAAAAGAAGAAGUUUGUCUCCGAAACAACGUGAUAAAUCAAGAAGAAGUAGAUCUCCACUUCUAAAUGAUAGAAGGUCGAAGCAGAGCAAGUCCCCGUCUCGAACUCUGUCUCCUGGUAGAAGAGCCAAGAGUCGAUCCUUGGAAAGAAAAAGAAGAGAACCAGAAAGGAGACGACUUUCUUCUCCAAGAACACGACCUCGAGAUGAUAUCCUCAGUAGACGUGAAAGGUCAAAAGAUGCCAGCCCGAUCAAUAGGUGGUCUCCAACCCGAAGAAGAGCCAGUAGAUCUCCCAUUAGAAGGAGAUCUCGUUCCCCACUCAGACGUAGCAGGUCUCCCAGAAGAAGAAGCAGGUCUCCUCGGAGAAGGGACAGAGGUCGGAGGAGCAGAUCACGCUUGAGAAGGCGGUCUCGAUCACGAGGUGGUCGUAGACGUAGGAGCAGAAGCAAAGUAAAGGAAGAUAAAUUUAAAGGAAGUCUUUCUGAAGGAAUGAAAAUUGAGCAAGAAUCUUCAUCUGAUGAUAACCUCGAAGACUUUGAUGUAGAAGAAGAAGAUGAAGAAGCCCUGAUAGAACAGAGAAGAAUACAAAGGCAGGCCAUUGUUCAGAAAUAUAAAUAUCUUGCUGAAGAUAGCAACAUGUCCGUGCCGUCUGAACCAAGCAGCCCCCAGAGCAGUACUCGUACACGGUCACCUUCUCCAGACGACAUUCUGGAAAGGGUAGCUGCUGAUGUUAAAGAGUAUGAACGGGAGAAUGUUGAUACAUUUGAGGCCUCAGUAAAAGCCAAGCAUAACCUAAUGACAGUUGAACAGAAUAAUGGUUCAUCUCAGAAGAAGCUCUUGGCACCUGAUAUGUUUACAGAAUCUGAUGAUAUGUUUGCUGCAUAUUUUGAUAGUGCUCGUCUUCGGGCUGCUGGCAUUGGAAAAGAUUUCAAAGAGAAUCCCAACCUCAGGGAUAACUGGACUGAUGCAGAAGGCUAUUAUCGUGUGAACAUAGGUGAAGUCCUGGAUAAGCGCUACAAUGUAUAUGGCUACACUGGUCAAGGUGUAUUCAGUAAUGUUGUACGAGCCAGAGACAACGCCAGAGCUAACCAAGAAGUGGCCGUAAAGAUCAUUAGAAACAACGAACUCAUGCAAAAAACUGGUUUAAAAGAACUAGAAUUCUUGAAAAAACUUAAUGACGCUGAUCCUGAUGACAAAUUUCAUUGUUUGCGACUCUUCAGACACUUUUAUCACAAACAACAUCUCUGUCUUGUAUUUGAGCCUCUAAGUAUGAAUUUACGAGAGGUGUUAAAAAAAUAUGGUAAAGAUGUUGGUCUUCAUAUUAAAGCUGUAAGAUCUUACAGUCAGCAGUUGUUCUUGGCAUUGAAACUCCUCAAAAGAUGCAAUAUCCUACAUGCAGAUAUCAAGCCUGACAAUAUCUUGGUAAAUGAAUCAAAAACUAUUUUAAAGCUCUGCGAUUUUGGGUCGGCGUCACAUGUUGCAGAUAAUGACAUAACGCCUUAUCUUGUCAGUAGAUUCUAUCGUGCUCCUGAAAUCAUUAUAGGUAAAAGCUAUGACUAUGGUAUAGAUAUGUGGUCUGUAGGUUGUACUUUAUAUGAACUCUAUACUGGAAAAAUUUUAUUUCCUGGCAAAACCAAUAACCAUAUGUUGAAGCUCGCCAUGGAUCUCAAAGGAAAGAUGCCAAAUAAGAUGAUUCGGAAAGGUGUAUUCAAAGACCAACAUUUUGAUCAAAACCUCAACUUCAUGUACAUAGAAGUUGAUAAAGUAACAGAGAGGGAGAAAGUUACUGUCAUGAGCACCAUUAAUCCAACUAAGGACCUGUUGGCUGACUUGAUCGGGUGCCAGCGACUUCCUGAAGACCAACGUAAAAAAGUACACCAGCUAAAGGACUUGUUGGACCAGAUCCUAAUGUUGGACCCAGCUAAACGGAUUAGCAUCAACCAGGCCCUACAGCAUGCCUUCAUCCAGGAAAAAAUUUAAACGAGAUGAAGAAGCUCCAAGGGUUUGAGUAAUUAAAUACAAAGACUGAAGAAAUUUCACAGCAGUUUCUUAAUGUAUAUAAACUUAUAAGUAUUUCUCCAGCAAAUUUGAGGAAGCAUGAUAUAUUUGAAUUAACACCAAGGGUGAUUUUUCUUUUAGAAAUGUUAGUUAAUCUAUUGUGUCUUAUGUGAAAUUUCACUGUAGAACUGUUAUAAUUGCCAAGACUGCACAAAAUUACAGUGCUAAUGUAUAUGGUUGCAGUUCACAUAAAAGAGAAAAGCAUCUGUUAUAAAACGAGUAGUAAUACUGGGUGGUUGAUUUAUUUUUAGCAGACUUGGCUUCAUUUUGGUCGUCAAAUAAAAUGGCCAGCAUAAAUGCUGUUUAUAUUCACGUUUUCCUAGGUGUGUGUGUGCAGGCCACAGCAGCAUGCCCUUGGUGUAGUCAGUGCCGAAAGGGGUCUGUUCCUUCUUGAGCCUGCCUGCAGGGAUGGUCUCCUCUUUUAAAGCAGGUUGUGUACAACAUUCAGUACACUGAAGGUAAGCUAAACCAUCAACAUCACUGGUGUUUUAAGAUGUUAUUUUAUUGGAACAAUUGACAAAUGAGGGAUAUUAGCUUUGUGGCAGAAUUCCCUGCAUGUGUGGUAACUGAUCUUGUUUUAUUUUUUGGCAUUGCAACUGUGGCAUAGUUACAGUUUCUGUUCUGUUCAUCACAUUUAAAAUUUGAAGAGUAUGCGCUUGAUGGAUAGAGCGCCUUCAGUGUACUGUUUCUUAUUAACUUUAAUUUUUUUAAAUCAACUUGCUAUAGACUUUAUAUACAUUUUGUUAAAUACAGUUCCUAGUGACAUAGAAACAAUGCGUAGUUUUCAUUUACUAAUUACAGAUGUUGAGGCCUGAUUCUGAAAGUCCUCAUAUUUAAAAAUUAGAUAGAUGACAUAAUGAAAUUUUUAACUAUUUGUAUGUCAUUUUGAAAGUGUACUGCUUUAUGGUAAAAGUGUUUUUCAUUUGUUCAUUGUUUUCAUUAUUUGUGAUCAUGUUGUCUUUCAAUACAGGCAUAAACCUUCCACUCUUGAACAAAGCAGCUGCUUUUUAAAAGCGGUAAUUGCUUCUUUACCUUUUAUUUCUUUUGUAAAUGAAACUUUUCUUUAAGAAUGUGACUUUAAAGUGUUGUCUAUUGCAUAAAACAGUUGACACUCACUUAUUGUAAAGUGAAGAUUGUUCUACUGCAUGUGAAGUGGACCAUGCAGAUAUCUGUAUGUUCUCAGUAUGCAUCACUAGAUAAUAAAGUCUUUUGUGAACAAGGCAUUUGUAGCCAUUUUUAAAAGUUUUUUGUCUUCAGUGCUGGUAAGUCAGGUAAACCCUAAAUAGUUAACAGCAAUCUUUCGUUUCUUCCUUUUAAGUCUUUAACUAAAAGAAUUGUUUAAGAUGUAAACCUAGCCAAAAGUUUAUCAUUUUAUUAAUAAUUCGGAUCCUAAUUAUUUCAUCAGAAAAUCCUACAAAUAUUGUCAGCUUUCAGUGUAGUGAGAUAAUUCCUGUAGGUUAUGGGGUAUAAUUCAGGAUUUAACUAAUGUUUCUGCUAUUUUCUCACUUUUCCUUUUGAUGGUGCGGAAAGAGAAAAAAGGAAAACGGGGCUCAGGCCAUUCAACGCCUUCUCCAAGGGGUCUGAUUUGCUGAGACACCAGCUUCACCUUCUUAACAAGGCACCUAAUUACAACAAGCAUGCACAUUUUCGUGCAUUCAAGAAUGGAAAAUGAGAAUAGCAGCAUUCUUCUGGUGGGUUUUGCUCCAUUUAAAGACAUGAAAUGAACUGCAGCCAGAAAGGUGGUAGAUGCUAUAAUAAGCCAACUUUGAGUCCACACCCCGUCUCUUCAUGGUUUAGACUUAAUAAAAUAAGUGCAAGGUGGCUUUCAUGUUCAGGUGGAGUGAAGCCUUUUAAACAAGGCAUCACAGAUGCAGCUUUUCUACCUUAAUGAAGCGGGUAGUGAUUUUCCCACCAUUAUUACUUUAUUUUGGUGAUAAUAUGCUGCAUAUUCAAGUUUCUUACAGUUAUUUUCACUCGAAAUAGUUAACAUUUUAUGCUUCUUGUGAUUUUCUUGGCUUCAUUUUAUUUAAUUAUUUAAGUAAGUUAACUCCCACUAGAAACAGUUCAUCUUAUGCCUUCAAAACUAUUACAUAUUCUUAAAAAACAAAGUUGCUUGUUACUUGUUCUUUGUGUUUUAGGUGCAGUUGAGUGGAAGAUGAUGACAACCAGAAGACAUGAGCUAAGGUUUCUGUCCUAUAAAAGAUUUAAAAAAAAAAAAGAAUCCUCCAUUUAAUUUUUGUCUAAUUUUUUAGUUUCAGCAUUAUGAUUUGGGUUUCAUUAAUGUUUGGUACUUAGAGUAGUGGUGCUAUUGUGGUGUUCAUCCGUAAAGUGCUUGUUUUAUCAUCCUUCCUGCCUCUCCUCCCUGUUUCCUCCCCUGACAUAAAAACAGUGGUCAAAUGUAGUGAUGGAAAAGAUUCUUGGAUGGUGAGGUUCCACAUAACAUGGUUGUCAAAAUUGGUGCCUAAGGAUUAUUAGAAAAACAGCAACCACCUAAACAGCAUACAUGGAAAAGUAGUCUUUAGGUAGCUUAUCUUCUUGGUAGAUGCAAAAGAAUAGAAACUGGAGCUCUAAGAACACUGCUCGGCUCCUUUAAUACUUUAUUCUCCAACUUCCCCUUUAGUAACUUGUUUUAACAAGUGCUCCAGCCAUGGUCUCAAAAUAGGCAAAAUAUUCGGAGCCAUUGUUGGUUUUUCUUCUUACAGGAAAUAAGUAAUACACUAGAUCUUUGAUAUCCCCAAAUUUAGCAUUCCUAGGUUUAUCUACUUGAAAGGAACCCUGUAGACGAUCUUUAUAUACAUAUACAUGAUUCUAUUGGAAUUUGUAAUUUUGCUGAGGUAGAAAUUUGGAACUCAGCAAGCUCUCUGUGAAAUUGCGGUCAUUUAGUGAAUGAUCCCUAACAAACCUGCAUUUGUGUUCAGAGUAGCUGUAUAGUUUUCACAUACAACUGUCUCGUGAAUUUUUUGCCUUAUGACACCUCAUGGCAAAAAUGAUAUCCAGUGAUUGUCAGAUGUGAGGGUUCCUAAGUCUUGGGACAUCGCUCUCAUCUUAAGAUGUCAUAAUUCUCUCUACAGUUCAGAUGUAGAAAACAAACAUCUAGACACUGUUCUCUAGCUAGAACUUACUCUCGAAGGUUGUCAGAAAUUAGGUUGGAAUUUCGAGGUUCUAAAGGGAAGGGAGCAUCUUGUCAUAAAUUUUAAGAUACUUCCAGGAUUUGUAUUCACCUGCACUUCCUUUAUAAUAGCAUCCUCUUUCUUUAUUCCCCAGUGCAUAGCUUGUUCCACUCGACUUCUUUCUAUCAAAAUAAUUGUUUUAAAAUAAUAUGAGUUUUUUUUCUUUGCCAUUAUAAUUACAACUUUUUUCCCUAACUAAAAGAAAUACUCAGGACAUUUUUACAAUAUGAAAAAAUUAUAUAAUGUUUUAUGGUAUGUAGUAGAGGCAGUGAAAUGUAAUGUUCUAAGAUUUUUUCCAUAUUUGCAUUCCUCCUACUGUGCUUUAGCUAUCCUCUAUCAUUUUGUAGCAGAACUCUAGCUGGCGAGGUAUAAAUAAAAUCUCUGAAAUGAAACAAAGGAAUCACAUAGCUUAAAAUUCAGGCCAAGCAGUUAAGGAAUGCUGUGUUAAAUGUUAGAGAUAGGAAAGAAACCAGAUGUUCAAAUGUGUGAUUUCCUUCCAUUAGUUAUAAUGAUGUCAUUAGAAAUUGGGCUUCAUAAAGUGUUUCUCUCUUCAUGGUAUACUAGUUUCAAGCACGUAUGCAACAUGAGUUUUAUCAUUCCAGCUGGAGUGCUCUCCUUAGAGAAAUGUGCACUACAAAUUCAUUUGUGUUCUUCACACAUCAGUAAUGUACACUAAAUUGACUUUUAAAAUGUUUUCCAAUUAUUUUGAUAGAUAUCAUCAUGGCAUCUUUAAUUUUUCUUCUCCUUCUAUAUGUAGGGUUAAGGGCCUGUUCUUCUGAAGAAUCUUUCCAUUUAGUGAUCAAGAUAUGGAAGCUGAGCUCUGAAAAUAAUAUGUACCCUAAUGUUCAUGAUAUCAUUUGAAUUGUAACGUGCAUUUUAGCAGCAAUGUUCUCAGUCAACUUCCUGAGAACUUAAUAAAAUAUGCCGCUUGUUA